AUGGCUUCAGGACUCAAAUCUGCCCUUAUCACGGGCUGCUCUGCAGGCGGGAUAGGUGGAGGGUUGGCCGAAGCGUUCCAUGAACACGGAUACCACGUCUUCGCGACAGCGCGUGCGCCGUCAAAGAUUUCGCCAUCUCUCGCCAAUGCACCAAACGUCACCGUCCUGACUCUGGACGUGUUGUCCACCGAGUCGAUCGCAGCGGCUGUCGAGAGCGUCACGAGGGUCACUGGCGGCAAGGGGCUCGACGUCCUCGUCAACAACAGCGGCAAGCUGAUGGUCAUGCCGGGCUUGGACACGGCGAUCGAAGAGGCCAAGGGAGUCUUCGACACCAACUACUGGGCCGUCCUGGCCAUGAUCCAGGCGUUCGCGCCGCUCUUGAUCAAAGCAAAGGGCUAUGUCGUGAACAACACCUCCGUGAGCGGGCUCGUUCCCUUCGGAGCCUUUGGGAGUAUCUACAACAGCUCCAAGGCCGCUGCCAUCCUCGGCAGCGAGACCUGGCGUCUCGAGCUCGCGCCGUUGGGGGUCCGGACCCUGACCCUUGUGACCGCCGCCGUCAAAUCUAACGUCUUCACCAACAUGGGCCAGCCGAAUAUACCCGAGACCUCGUACUACUACGGGAUCCGAGACUACAUUGCAGGACUGUGCGACGGCAGAAUGCAGGAAGACGGUAUCACGGCGAAGCAGUUUGGCCUCAAGGUUGUCCGGCAGGUCGAAAAGGGCAAGACUGGAAAGUACUGGGUUGGCGGAGGUGCAUCGUCCGCCCGCUUCGCCGCAUGGCUGUUGCCGGACUUCAUGAUGGACAUGCUGUUGGCCUCGCUCUUCCCAUUUGCUAAGAUGCUACAGGCCCAAUCCAGAAGAAAAGAGUGA